CAAUACUCUUCUCCGUCUACGAGUCACAAAAAACCAAACAGAAAGACUGUAAGGAUGGCAGAGGACGAGGUUAACUACGCAUCAGUUGUAUUUAAACCUAACCAACAACAAAGAUCAGAAGUUAAAAGGGAAGAAACAGUGUAUGAUGAAGUAAAGGUGCAAAAUAAGGCAACAGAACAAACUCCUGUCACAAAUGUUAAAAAGGAAGAAACAGUAUAUGAUGAAGUAAAGGUGCAAAAUAAGGCAACAGAACAAACUCCUGUCACAAAUGCUUCUGCAGAAUUCUUGCCCGACAAGAAAUCAAACCGUAGAUGUCGCCACUAUCAGCAGUUGACUUGUUGUUUGGGCAUGCUUUGUAUAAUUUUGGCAUUGGGCAUCAUAGCAGUCAGUGUCUACCGUGUCACAUUAAUUUAUGAGAUUGAUGAAACUGAGCUGAACCAACUGAAAGAAAACCAAACAACUUUAAAUGCUGUCAAUCAUAACCUGACAAAACUCAACAACCAACUCAGCUCAGACAAUGAAGACUUGAAGAGGAACCAAACCAAGCUCACACUCCAGAUGAACAACCUGACUCAAGUCUUUAAUGUCUUAGAUAAAGAGGUGACAAACCUGACAAAAGAAAACCAGAAACUUAAAGGGAAAAAUGAGGAGCUGAAGACUCAGAAUAAGGACCUGGAGGCAGAGAAGAAAAACCUAACAGAACAAACGCAACAGAUGACGACACCAUGGGACGAGCUCAAUGUUAGUCGAGCUCAGUGGAGCAUUGAUGCCUACUGUCCCCGAGAAAAUAACAACAGAAAGUGUAACGCUUGUCAGAAGGGCUGGGGAUUAAAUUCCAGCUGCUAUGCAACUAAUAAUGCUGACCAAGGUGAAUGGAAAACCUGGGAAGAAGCUCGAAAAGACUGCAGAGGAAAGAUUUCAGAUUUGGCUGUUGCAAUUAAUGAAGAAGAAAUGAAAAUUAUUCGUGAAAAGAGUUGGCAAAAUAAUGAAAACAAAGGAUACUGGAUUGGCCUGAGAGUUGAAGAUGGGAAAUGGAAGUGGCUGGAUGGAAGGAAUCUGACUAAUAACUCCUGGAUCGACCAGUCAUCUCCUUCUGAUGGUCACUGUGCAAUCUCUCUCCAAAACCAAGGAUUUAAAUCAGUCAGCUGUGAUGAGAAGAACCAAUGGAUCUGCAAGAAGAAAGCUUUGUCUGUUUGAAUGCUGCAAAGUAAAUACUUCAGAAGACUACUGGAUAUUCAGAAACUACUAUAUUAAUAUUGAUGUUAAUAUCAAUAAAAAAAAUAUUAAUGUAAUUUAUAAAUAGAAUAUUAAAAUGUGAA